CCGGCGACCAACCCACCAAGUCUCGCGAAAAAUUGUUUUCUUUCUCCGAGAAGUCACCCGACCUGGCUGUGGGUGGCAUGGCUUCUGCUGGGCUUAAGUCCUCGGGGGACACUCUAUUGCCACAGAUGUAGAGAAACCGGGCGUUCUAGCGCAGGCUCAUCCGCCUAGCUCUUCCGAGGGCAGCCUGCAGCGAGUUCCCACCCGGCUACGUGCAGAGACCCUGUCUCAAGUUUAAAAAGAGCGCGCUGGCGAGAUGACUCAGCGGCUAAAGGUGCUUGCGACCAACCUGAGCUCGACCCCUGGAGCCCGCGUGGUAUAAGGUGAAUCGACUCCAGCAGGAUGACAUCGCCCUGUGGUAGCCCUCAGAACUGAAGCCUCACAAUGACAGAACCGGAGACACUGGCCCUGCUGGACAUGAAGGAACCCGAGACUCCAGAGAAGAGCCCACCGCAGGCUUUAGUCCUGCAGUCAGAGGAAGAAGGUGGGACUGAGUCCCCUGGAACUGAGUCGCUCAGAGUGGGGUCUUCAGCAGGGUCUCCUAUAGUCAGAGAGGGGCCUGAGGAUGGUCCAGACAGCACAAUAAGUGAGGCUGCCACUUUACCCUGGGGAACUGACCCCCAUCCUACCGCCCCACUUCCGGAUCCCCCGGGCUGGCGAGAUAUUGAACCAGAGCCCCUAGAGUCAGAGGCACCUACUAAGUCGGAGGAGCCAUUCAAAGAGGAUGCCAACCUGCUCCCCGAGAAGACAGUUAGGGCCUUCGUGCCCAUUGACCUACAGUGCAUCGAGCGGAAGCCACAGGAGGAGCGCAUCAUGCAUCGCGAGGCUGGACCAGGCGAGCUCAGGAAUUUCCUGCCAGCCCGACUCAGCCACCCUGAGCCCCCAGAGCGCAAGUGGGCUGAGGCCGUGGUGAGACCCCCUGGCCGGUCCUGCGGGGGCUGUGGAAGCUGUGGAGGCCGUGAGGCACUGAGAGCUGUCGCCUCGGUGGUGGCGGCCCUCAUCUUCUUCCCCUGUCUGCUGUACGGAGCAUAUGCUUUCCUGCCUUUCGAUGCCCCGAGGCUGCCCACCAUGAGCUCCCGCUUGGUCUACACCCUUCGCUGUGGGGUCUUUGCCACCUUCCCCAUCGUGCUCGGGCUCCUUGUGUACGGGCUGAGCCUAUUGUGCUUUUCUGCACUUCGGCCCUUCGGCGAGCCGAGGCGGGAAGUGGAGAUCCACCGGCAGUACGUGGCCCAGUCUGUGCAGCUCUUCAUCCUCUACUUCUUUAACCUGGCUGUGCUUUCCACCUAUCUGCCCCAGGACACCCUCAAGCUGCUCCCGCUACUCACCGGUCUCUUUGCCAUAUCUCGGCUGAUAUACUGGUUGACCUUUGCUGUGGGCCGCUCCUUCCGAGGCUUUGGCUAUGGCCUGACUUUCCUGCCACUCUUGGCCAUGCUGGUGUGGAACCUCUAUUACAUGUUCGUGGUGGAGCCAGAGCGCAUGCUCACUGCCUCGGAGAGCCGCUUGGACUACCCUGACCAUGUCCGGUCUGUUUCCGACUACAGGCCCCGCUCAUGGGGCUGAGCCACCUAGAGCUGCGCAGGGGGCUUUCGGCACUUCCCUGGAACAGUUGCAGGCCUGGCCUUUGCCCAGGCAAUGGACCUUUGAUGCAAGGAACCUUGCUACUUCCCACUGGGGCCCCCAAUAUCCCUACUCUCUCCUAGUUGCUGCUUUACCCAAGGAAGCGACUGGAGAAGCACACUUCCUUCUUGGGCAGCUUCCCACCAUGGCACAGGAGCUAUGGUGGGAUGGUCAUCUCACUCCCUAGCUUCCUGUGGGUCAGGAGUGCAGAGCCACAGCCCACCCUGAACUGUCUGUGCCAGUGAGCGCCAAGGAGAAGGAAAACCUGCCUUAGCCUGGGGGUAGAAGUUGAUGUCACGUCAGAUAGUUGGUGAAGACCUUUCUAGGGGGUCUGGUUCUGGACCCGCUACCACUGGCCUCAAGCCUCUUUUGCCUCAGUCAAGACUGUUAUUAUGUAGCUGUUGUCUUUCCUGUCCCAACCUACAUGGGUCUCUGUAACAUUCCACUAUUCACACUUCCAAGGAGUCCCACUGUCAGGGGAGCGGGGCAUUGAGCUAAAAUCUCCAAAAGAACUGUGUGUGAACUCACAUGGUGGCUAGGAAGGCAGAGGCCCUCAGCCCAGCAUAUAGCUGUAUGUAAUAAAUCACUGCCAGGCUCCUGCGGCUCCUUCAUUCUGCUCCUCCCCCCACCCUCAGGCACAAGUUACCUCCUAGCAUCAAGGGAUGGACUGGGGAGAAUUGGGCCCUCAAAGAGAAACUAACUGCCUUCCAAGCCUCUCUCUCUGUCUUCCUGUUUGUUGAAACCAUCCCAAAGCAGCCCAACAGCACUCACACGUUAAGAGAUUGGAUCUAGGCUGGAGAGCUGGCUCAGCCAGUCAGAAGACUUGCUGCUCUUGCAGAGGACUCUGGUUCAGUUCCCUGUACCCACCUGGUGGGUUACGGUUCCAUGGGAUCUAGUGCCCUCCCCCACCCCGCACUGCACAUCCAUACAAACAAAAGACUUACA